AUGGCCGCAGCUGCCUGCGGCAUCAAGGCCAUGGCCCUCUUUAAGCGGACCUUGGUACUCAGCCCGGCCGCUGCGCCCCGGUGCGCGGGCACCGGCAUCCCCCCGCGCUGCUGCCCCUUGCCUCCUGCUGCCUGGCCCUGCAAGGACUGGCUGCGGGGCUCCGAGGGCGUCUGCAGCAGGCUGCGGAGCCCGCCGGCCGCCGGCCGCCUGCCCCAGUCCCACUCCUGCUGCUCCACGUCUCCCACCUCCGUGUGUCUUAUCUGCCCGCAGGACUCGCUCAGCAGUAGCUUGAAAACUUGCUACAAGUAUCUGCAUCAGACCAGUCGCAGUUUCGCAGCAGUUAUCCAGGCGCUGGAUGAGGAAAUGCGCCAUGCGGUAUGCAUAUUUUAUCUGGUUCUCCGAGCUCUGGACACUCUGGAAGAUGACAUGACUAUCAGUGUAGAGAAAAAGGUCCCACUGUUACACAACUUUCACUCUUACCUGUAUGAACCCGACUGGCGGUUCAUGGAGAGCAAGGAGAAGGAUCGACAAGUGCUAGAGGACUUCCCAACGAUCUCCUUCGAGUUUAGAAAACUGGCUGUAAAAUACCAAACAGUGAUUGUUGACAUUUGCCGGAAAAUGGGAUUUGGGAUGGCGGAGUUUUUGAAUAAGCACGUGACAUCUCAACAGGAGUGGGACAAGUACUGCCACUAUGUUGCUGGACUGGUGGGAAUUGGCCUUUCUCGUCUGUUCUCGGCCUCAGAGUUAGAAGACCCCUUAGUUGGCGAAGACACAGCGUGUGCCAACUCUAUGGGCCUCUUCCUGCAGAAAACUAACAUCAUUCGUGAUUAUCUGGAAGACCAGCAAGAAGGAAGAGAAUUUUGGCCUCAAGAGGUUUGGAGCAAGUAUGUCAAGAAGUUGGGUGAUUUUGCUAAGCCAGAGAAUAUUGAUUUGGCUGUGCAGUGUCUGAAUGAACUUAUAACCAACGCACUACACCACAUCCCAGAUGUCAUCACCUACCUUUCCAGACUUAGAAACCAAAGUGUAUUUAACUUCUGCGCUAUUCCACAGGUAAUGGCCAUUGCUACUUUGGCUGCCUGUUACAAUAAUCAGCAAGUGUUCAAAGGGGUAGUGAAGAUUCGAAAAGGGCAAGCAGUAACCCUAAUGAUGAAUGCCACCAACAUGCCAGCUGUCAAGGCUAUAAUAUACCAGUAUAUGGAAGAGAUUUAUCAUAGAAUCCCCAACUCAGACUCAUCUUCUAGUAAAACAAGGCAGAUCAUCUCCACGAUCAGGACGCAGAAUCUUCCCAGCUGUCAGCUGAUCUCCCGAAGCCACUACUCCCCCAUUUACCUGUCCUUUGUCAUGCUCUUGGCUGCCCUGAGCUGGCAGUACCUGAGCACGCUGUCCCAGGUCACAGAGGACUACGUUCAGACUGGAGAACACUGAUUUGGAAUUGGUCUGGAAGCCGAAGUUCACCGUGAAACAGACUGACCUUUUUUUCAAGGAUGGACAUCGGCUGCUUCCCCUUUCCUUCCCCUCCUGCUUUAAUCCCAAAAGAACUCUGUGGGCUUGGACCUUGAGAAACUAACAUGCAGCUGAGAAGAUAAGAAGAGGAGAGGCUGCCUCCCCCUUGUUACCUGGUAUCUGUAGGCUGCCCGCACCUCUGUGCUUGGUGGCCGAUGGCACAGCACCCUCGGAGCUGCAGGUGGGAGCUGGCUGCACACGGGCCGCGAGAGCUCAGUGUGACUCCUGGCUAGGAUUACAAUUAAAUGUAUUUACUUGGAAGCAACCUUUGAAUACCUGGCCUAGUAGAAAAAUGAAUUUUCUGUUUGGUUCCUGUUUCUCUCUUCAUUUUGUUUUCUUCAGUUGACUUGAAUGUAGUAGCUGUGAAUGUUUAGGUAAUUUCCCCAUGUUUCCUAGGAAUGCAACUGUCUUCUGCACGUGAAGGCUAGGAAUUAGCUCCUGGGUGUUCUGGUUAUUAUUUCCUCCUUUAAAGAGAGUUUAGCUUUCAGAAAGAAAACAGCAGGCUUGUCUUGGCCCCGUUGUAGAAGAUUGGUCUCCAGUUAAGUCGGAUGUUUUUGAGAAGAGCUUUCUAAUAAUGAAUUGAAUUCCUCUGCAUUUGUCAAGAGCAGGUCACUUGAAAGCCUGGGUGGACAUGGCGGGUAACUCAGACAUGGAGUUAGUGCUUGAGGGACGGAUGGCCACCUGCUGCCACCACGAAGGCAGCCAGAGCAGCACCAAGAAGGGACACAGCUGUCUGGCCCUUGCAUGACUGCCUGUUCGAAAAUGAGCGAGUGGCAGCAUCGCCUCACCCGUGGUUCCAGCUUGUAGCCUUCCCUACGUUUGGCUAAUUCUCUUAGCUGCAUUCAGGGUUUUUAAUUCUGUGUUUGUUUUUUAAUUACCAGUUUAUACACUGAAGUCUCAAGAAGGGGAAAAGCUGUUUUCAGGUGAUGGGCUUGAAAGCCGAGUGGUACUCAGCCUAGUUCUUAGCGCUGUGGUUGGCCUUCCUCCCUACCCGCACAGCGGAGUUUUGUCAGGACUCUCACCCCCAGGGAGGCACAGAGGUCUCAGCUUGGACGAGGGGAGACAUGGCUCUGAAAAAGGCCCCCAGGCGAAGAAUCAUUGACGUAGGGCAUUCAAGUGCUUUCUAGAAGCCCUUGUUACUUUCAAUGUAUAUAGUAUACAGUCUGCUCUUUUGCUGCAGUCCUUUAUGGACAGCAAUUUAUUGAAUGUGACUGAUAUUUUUCCAGCAAUGUUGGACUUGCAUUGCUAUUCACAUACCCACCCCGAUUUUCCUCCUGGGACCGCCACCAUCUGACAUAGUCGCCUUGGUUUUGGUCCCUGGAGGCUUCAGUUCAUUGGCUCGUUGGAGCCUCAGUUUUGGACAAACUAAAGUGACUUGCCAUGUACAGCUUUGAGCCAGACUCAGUAAGUAGUUUGAGCAUCAAAAGUUGAGUUGAGAUUCUAAGGCAGGUUGUUAAAAAUUUGUGCGUUGAAAUCUUAGUUCUGUUGAAGUUCACACAGGACAAAGAACCUGGUGGACAGAGCCUUGGUCUGAGGUGGACAUCCUGGAAGCUUCUCCUCUGGCUCAGUCAUGACCCGUGGGACUUGCUGAUCUUCUGUGUGGUUUGGGUGACCUCUUGAGGUCCCUCCCAGCCACAAAGCGAUGCCAUUUUUACUAUCACUGACUUGUGCCAAGGUCUUUUGCCCACUCCUAAAUUCUUUGGACGACAGUUUACCUUUUGUUUCUCUACUGAAACUGCCAGGUAAGAUGCAGGCUAAAAGCCACUUAAACUUGGAUUUUAGAUAAACUAUUAUUUUAGUAUAGUUAUGUCCCAAAUAUAGCAGGGGACAUAUUUAUCUGAAAUUCAAAUCAAAUUGGGCAUCCUAUAUAUUUGCUAAAUUUGGCAACCCCACAAUUUAAUUAACCAAAUGUGUAGCAUCCCUGGCACAGUCUACUUGAUUUCUAUUUACAGUGGAAUAUUUUAAGUUUUCUGCAGAGUAGCUGAGGUGGUGAGGUAAUGAUCAGUGGGGUAAUUUGAGGUAAAAAGUAUUGAUAUUGAUCCCAAUAUCAAUCAUAAAAUUGUUUUGGUUUCUAACAGACUCCUUAAGCCAAGUGUGAACAUGCUCCACGAUUCAUUUGGUUACCUCAUUUUAGCACAACUCGGCUGGCGUCCUGGGCGAGGAUGGAGUUGCAGGUAGGGCCGUGGUGGAGAUGGGGAAAAGCGGUGUGGAAAUGGAAUUAUUCAACUCAGUUGGGGAGUGGGUAGAAUGUCAAUUCCGUUGAGGUUAUGAAUGUGUUCUAACUGAAAUGUUAAGAAUAAAGUGAUUACAAAUGUGUGGCUUUGGUAACCCUCGUUAAACAUUACAUAAGCGCUAGGAGUUUCACAGAUUUUUCCCACAGUGUUUACCGGGUGUUUUGAUAAGCGCUUACUUGAGGUAGCUUCUGAUCUUUCUGAAUCACAUUGGAAGUCAAACUUCGCAUCCUUUUGGGAAGAGCUAGUCCAACUCUGAGUUGGGGAAGGGAAAGAACAGGUAUUGACAGGCCUGCGGGAUGGGUCUGUGCUCAUUCGUCUCAUUUCCUCUGUUCCCUCAAGGACCUGGUAUACCUUGUUGUUUAUGAGUCUUAACUCCGACCACCCGAGGGAAUAGUUCCUAACUAGCAAUGUAAACUGAAGAGUCAUAGGGAGCUCUCAGAAUACCGCUCAAAGCUGCCUCCCCCCAUUCCAGCACCGGAGGGUAUCAGGGAAAGCUGGUCCUCCAUCAGGACACCUGGGUCAUGACCUCACCAAUACAUCAUGCCUGUGUGACUCCUGACAGGUUACUGCUGCGAUGUCAUUGGUAAAAAAAUUGAGUACAACUAUGUUCUUGGCUCUUUAUGCAGGGGCAGAGCUUAUCAAGGCAUGGGGCACAUUUCGGGGAUGCAUUUACAGAGACAUGCUGAUGAGAAUGACAGGGAACUAAGAAGGGAUAGAAGCCGUGGUUUGAAAGCAUGGCUGGGGCAGUGAGAAGCUAAAAUUAGGCAUUUUAUUGUGUUCCACACAGUUGAGGCUAGAUAGCUCUGGUUGGAGUUUCAAGGGCACCCAGAUCCAUGAGAACAUUACUUUCUGGGGGACAGAUAAGGACAGACAGCAGCUACAAGGCUACAGUGACAAAUGAUCUUUGAGAACCCACCAGAACAGACUUUACAUGGAAGGAGAAAUCUUUUAUUGGCACAGUCAUUCCUUUCCUUGUUCAAUUAUCGGGGAAGCAUGAUUUUUAAACAUUAAGAGCUGUUUAUCCAAAACUAGUGGUAGUAGAGGUCGGUAGGUUGGUCAAGUCACAACCACCCAGUUCUGUGUUCAGGUGACAGUCUGUAAAACUAGUACAGCUCUUCCAACUAUUAGACUCUCGUUCAUGUGAUCAGCUGAGGUGCAGAAAAAAUAAAACUUCUAUUAAAAAAGAAUCAUGCCAAGGACAAGACCAGAGGAGGUUAGCAACACCGCAAAGCUCAACAGAUGCAGGGGUCCUGGGAGAAUGUGGCUUUCUCCAAAGGGCUGCCCCCCUAUUUCUCUU